CGCGGAGCUGAGCGGAGCCAGAGCGCGGAGCGGCCGGCCGCAGCGGGGGAAUCCUGCGGGUCUCGGAGAGAAGCCAUGAUGUAAAUCAUUCACCAGCAAACUUCAAGGUCAGAGUGAGAAGGCAACCGGAGCACCAUGGCCUGGCCGAGUGUUUUCCCAAGAGGGACUGCGCUCUCGCGGUUCAGCCAUCACCAUGUGGUUGUAUUCCUGCUCACCUUCUUCAGUUAUUCGUUGCUCCAUGCUUCAAGAAAAACAUUUAGCAAUGUCAAAGUUAGUAUCUCCAAGCAGUGGACCCCAAAUGCUUUUAACACAACACUUGAGCUGCCUGUAGAGAUCUGGAGCAGCAACCAUUUGUUUCCUAAUACAGAGGAGGCUACUCUUUUCCUUGGAACGCUGGAUACUAUUUUUCUGUUCUCCUACGCUGUGGGUCUUUUCAUCAGUGGCAUCGUUGGGGAUCGGCUGAAUUUACGAUGGGUUCUCUCUUUUGGCAUGUGCUCUUCUGCAUUAGUGGUGUUUGUCUUUGGCACUCUCACAGAAUGGCUGCACUUCUACAACAGAUGGCUCUAUUGUUGCCUGUGGAUUGUGAAUGGCCUGCUGCAGUCCACUGGCUGGCCCUGUGUGGUCGCUGUGAUGGGCAACUGGUUUGGGAAAAAUGGGCGAGGAGUUGUCUUUGGUCUCUGGAGUGCCUGUGCUUCUGUGGGCAAUAUUUUGGGAGCAUGUCUAGCUUCAUCUGUUCUACAGUAUGGUUAUGAGUAUGCCUUUCUGGUGACAGCGUCUGUGCAGUUUGCUGGUGGGAUCGUCAUCUUCUUUGGACUCCUGGUGUCACCAGAAGAAAUUGGUCUCCCAGGUAUUGAAGCAGAAGAAAACUUUGAAGAAGAUUCCCACAGACCGUUAAUUAAUGGUACUGAAAACGAAGAUGAAUAUGAGCCUAAUUACUCUAUCCAAGAGUCCAGAACUGUUGCCCAAGUGAAGGCAAUAAGUUUCUACCAGGCUUGCUGUCUUCCUGGUGUCAUACCGUAUUCACUGGCCUACGCCUGCCUGAAACUGGUGAAUUACUCCUUCUUCUUCUGGUUGCCCUUUUAUCUGAGUAACAACUUCAGAUGGAAGGAGGCUGAAGCUGACCAGUUGUCCAUCUGGUACGAUGUUGGAGGAAUCAUAGGUGGGACUUUGCAAGGCUUCAUCUCUGACAUCCUACAGAAGAGAGCACCAGUGUUGGCCCUUAGCCUGAUCCUUGCAAUUGGCUCCCUUGUUGGGUACAGUCGUUCUCCAAAUAAUAAGUCCAUCAAUGCGCUUCUGAUGACGGUUACAGGGUUUUUUAUUGGUGGACCUUCUAACAUGAUCAGCUCAGCUAUUUCAGCGGACCUGGGUCGCCAAGAGCUGAUCCAAGGGAGCAGUGAGGCUUUAGCAACGGUCACAGGAAUUGUUGACGGAACCGGGAGCAUUGGAGCUGCUGUGGGCCAGUAUUUGGUGUCUUUAAUCCAGGACAACUUAGGAUGGAUGUGGGUUUUCUACUUUUUCAUUCUCAUGACUAGUUGUACAAUUCUGUUUAUCUCACCAUUAAUAGUGAGGGAAAUAAUCUCUCUUGUGCAAAGGAGACAAGCUCACAUAUUGAGUGAGUGACUGUGCUCACAAGAAAAAAAGAACAGUGGGAGACACGAGACUAUAAGAUCUUUUAAUUCACUACAUUUGGGGUUGUCUAAGAGCGCCAACAUAACCUCGGCUUACCAGACCUCUUUCAACACUGCCAGCCACCCUGGACACUGGCCAGGAGUGAAGACUGCAUUACUUUUCUACACUAUAGGAAUUACUAGUGAUGAUUUUUAUGGUUGUUUCAUGAAUGUACUGGAUGGCGGAUGAAUCUACCGGCAUCCCUGUUGGCCCCUUGAGGUUUAUGCCUUUAACCCUGGUAUCAUAUUGGCCUUGGACCCUGUACUGCAGCCUCAAGAACUGAUGAACAGGAGAGAGCUGUGCAUGGUUUGCAUGGAUAAUGAAUAAAAAGGAUCAUUGCAUUUUGCUUUGGUAACGAGUUUGUAGAGAGUGCUCACCUCUGAAGCAUCAAAGCUUGAAAAAGAGCUCCUGCAGGGUUGAGCUGCAAACCCAUCAUGGACUAAGAACACCUCUACCAGCUGAGCUGGGAAAGAUGGCGCCACGUGCUUGUUGGCUCCGGCACUGUCUCAGAGUCAUCGUCGUUUGCUAAAGAAGCAGACUAUCUCCCAAUUAUUGUCAACUUGUUCUGCCUCUUCACUCACAAUUAGCUUUGACAACUGGAGGCCUUUUGUGAUUUUGAGGACAAUCAGGCACAUUAGUUAUCUUGAACAUUCCAUUGUGUAGCUCUCAACCCCAGAUUUGCUGUCUGGGAACUUCAGGGCCCUCUGGGAAGCAAAUCUGCUCAGCCCUAUUUUUGGAGGAUUGAUCUCUGUCACUACUAGGUUCCUGGAGUUCCCUCAGCAGAAGAUAGAAUUAGAGGAAAAUCUUGGAAGUGUUCCAGAAGUGUGAAGAGCGUGGUGUUGACUCACGUUGAUGGGUUUCUAGGUCUGAGGGGUGUUGUCUUUAGAAGAAGGUAGUGUAUGUGUUCAAGGCUGUGAAUUCUAUAUUAAUCGGUGUUUUAAGGUCACUAUAUGUAUUUUAAAUUAUGUAAACAAACUAGGAGGAAAAUGUGCAAUUUUGAGGGAUACCUAAUUUGCUUUGAAUUAGCAAAUAUUUUUCAAUCUCUUGCUUUAUACUUCAAAAUGUGUGUGAUGAACUUGAUGAUAUUUAAUCAUGUGGAUUUUUGAUCACUUUAUUGCUUGUUUACUGACAUAAAAGGAAAAUACAAAACACAGGAAGGAGAAAUAAACCAACUUUUGUAGUAAA